AUGACAGAUGCUGCGUCCUUUGCCAAGGACUUCUUGGCCGCUGGAGUGGCCGAGGUCAUCUACAAGACGGCAGUAGCAUCCAUCAAGCAGGUCAAGCUGCUGCUGCAGGUGCAGCAUGCCAGCAAGCUAAUCACAGCAGAUAAGCAACACAAUGGCAUUAUAGACUGCCUGGUUUGUAUCCCCAAGGAACAGGGAGACCUGUCCUUCUGGAGUGGUAACCUGGCCACUGUCAUCAGAUACUUCCCCACCCAUGCUCUCAACUUUGCCUUCAAAGAUAAAUACAAGCAGAUCUUUCUGGAUGGUGUGGACAAGAGGACCCAGUUUUGGGGCUACUUGGCAGGGAACCUGGCAUCAGGUGGUGCCACUGGGGCCACAUCCUUGUGCUUUAUGUACCCUCUUGAUUUUGCCCGUACCCAUCUAGUGGCUGAUGUGGGCAAAGCUGGAGCUGAAAGCGAAUUCAAAGGCCUUGGUGCCUGCCUGGUUAAGAUCUACAAAUCUGAUGGGAUUAAGGGCCUGUACCAAGGCUUUAAUGUGUUAGUACAGGGCAUUAUCAUCUACCGAGCUUCCUCCUCUGGUAUCUAUGACACUGCAAAGGGAAUGCUCCCAGAUCCCAAGAAUACUCACAUCUUCAUCAGCUGGAUGAUUGCACAGUCUGUCACUGCUGUCGCUGGCCUGACUUCCUAUCCUUUUGACACGGUUCUCCGUCGUAUGAUGAUGCAGUCAGGACAAAAAGGAGCUGAUAUCACAUAUACAGACACGCUUGACUGCUGGUGGAAGAUCACUCAAGAUGAAGGAAGCAAGGCUUUUUUUCAAGGGUGUGUGGUCCAGUGUUCUCAGAGGCAUGGGUGGUGCCUUUGUGCUUGUCUUGUAUGA